ACUAGCAUCGUUUGAGCUGACGGUAGUCCUAAACGAAAUAGAAGCAAAUCUCCUUGUUUUACUUACGACUACAGCUUCAUUAUAACAUAACUAGUCAACUUUUUUUGGACUUCACAAAAGUCAGUCUUCCACUACACGUCAGAAUGGCUAGAGAACCAGUUAUUUUGAAUGUUUAUGAUAUGUAUUGGAUAAAUGAAUAUGUAUCUCCACUGGGCCUUGGGGUGUUCCAUUCAGGAAUUGAAAUUUAUGGUGUUGAAUAUGCCUAUGGAGGACACCCAUUUCCUUUCUCAGGGAUUUUUGAAAUUGCUCCUAGAGAUGCUGAUGACCUAGGAGAGCAUUUUAGAUUUAAGCAGUCCAUUCUUAUUGGUUAUACAGACUUCACAGAAAGUGACAUUCGUCACAUUGUUGAAGAAAUGGGGAAGGAUUUUAGAGGAGAUCGCUACCAUCUCAUGAACAAAAAUUGUAAUCAUUUUACAGGUACUCUUGCUCAAGUUUUGUGUGGGCAAGAUAUUCCACGGUGGGUUAAUAGAUUGGCAUACUUCAGUUCUUGUGUCCCAUUUCUCCAGCGAUGUUUACCUCGUCAGUGGCUGACACCAAUAGCACUUGAAGCCUCCAUACAUGAAAGCAUGGAAACAACCUCUUCGGACCCUUCCAGACAUGGCCAUCUCUGAUGAUAGUAGAGUUAUUAUGAUAGUUUCAGUGGCCAAAGUAAAAACUCCAUGUGUGCCUAGUCCUUCUUUCUUGAUAAUUAACACUAAAGCUUUAUAGAGGACACGUGAUGAUGUGCUGUACGGUUGUGGUGCCACCAAAAGAACAUAUCCCACACCUUUGACAUUUCAAACAUGUGCACAGUACAAGUUAGUGGAGAAAUCCAUCUUUCCAACACUUACCAUCACAAGGUUUUUUCCUUGACCUCUUUUUUGUGUGAUUUUUUCAGAAAGGAGAUUUUUUCUGGCAGCUGUAAUCUCAUAUUUAAAGAUGAUCUAUAACAAAUAUGAGGACUGAAUUACAAUUUUACAGUUGGACUCUGUCAAAUAAUUUUUUGAAAUGUAUUGUGAUGUGGUAGUAUGUUUAAAGUAGUUGUACUUUUCCACUAGAUUUUAAAAUGAAUGUUAUUUAGA